GGUCAGGCGGGGAUCAAUCAAUUGGGCGGACUCUUUGUAAACGGAAGACCACUUCCACUACACGUUCGCCACCGUAUCAUAGAAUUGGCGCUAUUGGGUGUCCGGCCGUGCGAUAUAUCCCGACAGUUAUUGGUAUCUCACGGAUGUGUUUCCAAAAUACUCACAAGAUUUUACGAAACCGGCUCAAUAAAGCCGGGAACCAAUCAUUUACGUUCAAUCGGCGGCUCUAAACCGAAACACGUGACCACACCUAACAUCGUGAAGAGGAUCCUACGCCUGAAGCAGGAGAACCCGGCUAUCUUCGCGUGGGAGAUCAGGGACCUUUUACGGAGAGAAUUGAUCACAUAUAACCAAAAACACGCCAAUUCUGGCACAUCUUCGUCGUCGUCGUCCUCUGGCAGAGAGUCUGAUCUUCAGGUGAAUGUGAUUCCGUCGAUCUCAUCCAUUAAUCGCAUACUAAGAAACGGCACAAAUGCACUGUUCGAGUGGACACCAAAUUCAAACCAUUCCUCUGGCGGAGAAUCAAACGAUACAAUCAAUGCGGCGAACAAUGAGAUGAGCAGAAAGUCUCAGAAUCAAUGUCAACCAGUUUUGGCAAAAAGAAGGCAAAAGAAGUUUAAAACUUAUUCUAUUGAAGAGAUUCUGAAAAAAGAUGACUUUAGUAAUGAUAACGGAGAGGAAGUUGUGUGCAGUGAGAAUCCAAACCCUAACGGCUAUCAACCAAAUCCAAGCGGUGGACAACAGUUGACAGUUCAGCAACAGUUGUAUUACUCCUAUUAUUGUCAGGCAUUAAUGGCUUCGAGACCAGCGAUCACUGGAAGCGCUGACCCGAGUGUCCGCUCAAACAUCUGCGAAAUGCCAUACGAUUUGUACCGAUUGUCUGAGGGAUGGCUGGAGUUGGAGUCGGAUCCGGGAUUGUUUACACUACUUCUGGAGGACUUCGGCUGUAAAGGCAUUCAAGUGGAAGAGAUCUACGAUUUGGCCAAACCUAUUGAGGGCACUGUCUUCGGCUUCAUCUUCCUCUUCAAGUGGGUGGAGGAGAGGAGGGGUCGGUGGCGCUCACGAGGCAACGAACACAACGGGCCCGCCGGCGGACACCACACCACCGACCAGAUCGAGAACGAAGAGGUGGUCAAUGAGAUGUUUUUCGCCCAACAAAUGGUUCCCAACUCUUGCGCCACUCAUGCCUUGCUAUCAGUGCUUCUCAAUUGUCCGCACAUUCAGUUGGGGUCCGCUUUACACCGAUUUCAGAUGGACACGAAGUUCAUGAGCCCUGAGAACAAAGGCUAUGCGAUCGGCAACUGUCCGGAGUUGGCCAGAGCUCACAACUCACACGCGGCGCCCUCUCAUGAGAUCUCGAUUGAGAACAAGUUCAGUACGGCCUCCCGUCCCGCCAACCUGUCGGCCACUCAACGCUCGUCAAGUCUGGACGCCUUCCACUUCGCGUCAUACGUGCCAAUCAAUGGCCGUCUCAUCGAAUUGGAUGGUCUCAAGCGCUUCCCUAUAGACCACGGCUCCAUCGAAGACGAGUAUUGGACCGAAAAGUUCCGGAAAGUGAUCCGACAGCGACUCGAGAGGGAGACACAGCCCUCCGAAGGCAAUGACAUCCGCUAUAACCUGAUGGCUGUGGUGCCCGACAAACGGGUUAAUUAUCUCAAUAAACUCAAUAUAUUGAAGACUAAUCGACACAUUGUGUUGGAAGCGCUGCAAGAGAUCACUCGACCCACACGUUUGCCAACACCUCUUGAUUAUCACAAUUACUCGAAAUAUCCCGAAAUUUUAAUGAAACCUCAGGAGGAAAUGCUCGACACUAACAAAACUGACGGCAAUAACAACGACUCCAACAAAGAGACCAAAAAGACGAAUGAAAUCCAAGAGCCGUUAACCAUAUCUAUAGCCGAAGAGAGUGUCAGAAGUGAUUUACGACUCCCGCUAUCUAUUCAGACCUCCAUAUCUCCGACGCCGAGCUCUUCCUCGAGUACUGACACGUCUUCCGAAAUCGGAUCCGCUUUUAAUUCGCCGAAUAAUACGAGUUGUGAUAAUACGGACGAAAGGGUUAACCAAAUGAUUGUUUGCAAACUAUUUAACCGCAAACCAAAAACAGGUCCAUCGACUCCUACUAUCGACAUCUCGUCGCCCUCGCCAUCGAGUAUGUCUUCAUCGACGCCCACACCAGCCAUUACAUCCACACACAGCCCAUCGAUUCCAUCGCCAUCGAUGUCGACGAGCACCAGAUCGAGUACACCAUCCAAAGCAUUUACAGCCAUCGAUUUGGUCGCUCUUCUCAAGAAUCUCGAGAUUGACAUCAAUUCGACUGAAAUUAAUCUGAAGGACGAGUUGGAGAAGAGGAGGCAGUUUCGUGUGGACGACUCGAGACGGACACACAAUUACGAUCAGUUCAUCACAACAUUUCUGGCGAUGUUAGCAGAGAGGGGACAGUUGGCAGAUCUGGUCGAACGAGAUCUCGGUGUGUCCUCCUCUGUGCCCAACUGUUCCGACCAACAGAAACGCUCGUUAACUACACCUCCAGUCUCUCCCUCAUCGCUGAUUGCGUCACUCAUGACAUCCGUUAUCAAUAAUACCGCAAACAAAUCCAAAAAACGUAAAAAACGUUUGAGAAAACACUCGAGAAAAUUGAAAAAAGUCUAAAACUUGUUAUAUUGUUGUUUUGUAGCAAUCAAUCGAUGUCUAAAUAUGAGUCUAUUUUUCAAUAUUAGUCUAUUUUGAUUGUUAAAUAGAGUUUACUUCCAGUCUUAGAGUUUACCCCAAAAAAACAAAAAGAGA